AUAAGUGACAGUUGUAAUGCUUUGAUUGGAAACCAGCUUUUUUAUAAAUAUUAGAUCUUAUGUUAUAAUAAUUUAACUCAAAAUGAACUCAAAAAUAAUCGUUAUACUGUUAAUAGCAAGUUUUAGUCCUUUAUCCCUUUGCGAAUUAUCCACAUCGGAUUGUUGGGAAUUAGGAUUUAACAAGGCUAAUUUACUAUGUUCAUCAUGCGACCAAUUAUCAAAGUUUAACCUAGAUGAAUUAGAACCUUUUUGUAAAGAUUGUUGUCAUCCUGAUGAGACUAAUACAGUAGCAAAAACUUACGCAAAAGCUAUCUUGGAAGUAUGUACCUGCAAAUUUGGAAUUUACCCUCAAAUUCAAGCGUUUAUAAAGAGUGAUCGCCCAUCUCAAUUUGCUAACUUACAAAUAAAAUAUGUUAGAGGUUUGGACCCCAUUAUUAAGUUGUAUGAUAAGGAUGGAUUUUUAAAAGAAACUGUUGCUAUUGAGAAGUGGAAUACGGAUUCUGUUGAGGAAUUUUUAAAUACACAUUUAGAGAAUCCUGAUUAUUUAAAGACCAAUAUGAUUUGAUUUAGGUUUUGAUAAUAAAAUAUUGGAAUUUUUUAUUUUGAAA